AUGGAAUCGCCGAAUGGAGACUCAUCUACAAUCGAAAACCGUGGAUUGGCAUGCCAAAGCUGCCGAAAACGUAGAAGAAAGUGCAAUUUGGAAACGCCUUGCUCUAAUUGCGUUAAGUAUGGAAUAGAAUGUGUCCCAAUUGAUAAGGAUUUGAGAAGAAGGCGCCACUCCGUCGGCUACUUGAAAUCAUUGGAAAAUCACAUAGCUCAUUUGGAAGCUUUGGUUCGAGAGCUUAGACCAGAAAAAACAGACAAAACUUUCCCAGGUGCAGACACUGAACGAAGGCCUACUUCUUCACCAUCCCCGGCCCUUACAUUGAGUGCUUCGGCUACCCCUGUUGCUCGCGGUCCACAAGCAGGUGGAAGUAUCUAUCCUACAAAUUCGUUGGCGCUAUUAUCUCGUCGAGCUUCCAAAUCGCAGGACGAUGCCACAACCGACACUCCAAGAGCACGACUGAAAAACAUGUCGAGAAGCCCGUUCAUUUUGCGAGCGCUAUCGCUCUUUUUCAAGUGGUUAUACCCAGGUCACUACAGUUUUAUUCAUCGAGAAACGUUUUUAAGCGCCUUUUUUGGAGACCCGGCCACCAAAACAUACUAUUGCUCAGAAGAAUUGGUGUAUGCAAUUGCUGCACUUGGCUCUAUCUUGUCUGACAAAAGUGAAGAGCUGUAUAGUCAAUCUUCGCAGUACUACAACAUCGCCAAGACUACGGUGCUUCAAAAAAUAUUCCAGAUGAACGACAGUUCGCUUGUGGGCUCAACUCCUUCAUCAAAACUCGCCAUAAUCCAAACGCUUCUGUGUCUCGCAUUUUAUGAUAUUGGAAAUGGCGAGAAUCCGCUAGCUUGGUACUCCUCCGGCCUUGCUUUCAGAGUUGCACAUGAAAUAGGUCUCCAUUUGAAUUUUGAGUCCUGGAGUAAUGUUUAUGAAGAUGAGCUCUCUGUUCUAGAUAUUGAAGUGAGGAGUAGAAUAUACUGGGGCUGUUAUCUUGCAGACCAUUUGAUAUGCGUUUUGUUCGGUAGAUCAACAUCUUUGCGACUAUCGAAUUCCACUGUACCAGAGACUGAUGAAUUGCCGGACGUCGAAACAGGAAUUGAAGACUAUUUGUACGACUCGCGCGUAACUUUGUCAAUGGCUAAGCCUCUUAAGGAACUAAUCGUUUUAUCAAGAAUCACAGAGUUGUUUGCGAGCAAAAUCUUCAUACAAUCAGAAUCUAUUACGCAGCGAAGCGAGCAUUUGCUGAAGUUCAACUCGGAAGUUGCUCAAUGGCGUCUGAACUUGCCCGAACAGCUUAGAUGGUCCAAAGAAUUACUCAAAGACAUUGAAGAUUUCAACCCCACAAUCUCGUACUUGUGGUACCACUAUUACACAGUAUUACUAUCGUACAAUAAACCGUUCAUCGAAGAAUUGAAUGAAAGUAAGAUUGUUGCUGAAGAUACUAUAGAAGAAAUUUGCUACCUUCUCAAAGCCUUCAAAUCGAAAUUUGGAGGGUAUGAGAAGAGCAGCAUUUACAUGAUUUACUCCGCGAUUUUGGCUAUUCAAUGUUGCAAAACAAAAGGGGUUGACAACCGUAAACUGUCAGAGUUGAAAGAAUUCUUAAUAUCACCUACUUUGAACUUUGAGCUGGGUAAAAAAUUCAUCGAUAAAGAGGUUGGCAGUGAUCCUACAGAUUUAUUUGGUACCCUUUUGGACGGAAAUGAUUUUGCCUUAGAGUACAACUUUGAUUUUAGUCUGCUAAACGAAAUAGAUACACUCAUUGGGGGGUCGCAGAGUAAAUUAACUUGA